AUGCUACUUUACUUUAUCACUUGUGUCUCUUUCUUUCUGUUUUUGAAACCACUUCUUCUUUUAAAACCACUUCCAUCAUGGACAAAUGAGGUGAGAUUGAUCUCACUUUUGUUUCACAAAGAUUUUUGUUUGAAAUCCUUCUGUAAGUUGUUUAGGAAAACACUUGUUUCAAGAAUGUCUCUUGUGAAGAAGACACUUGUUUCAAAAGUAGAAAAUGUUGAGGAGGAGGUAGACUCGUUGCAACAAAAUUUGUCGGUGUUGGAUUUGCCUGAGCUUGUGUUGGAAUGCAUUCUUGAAAAGCUACCUCCAUCCUCACUUUGUCAAAUGGCCGGUGUUUGUCAUUCGUUGAGGGAGAGAUGUGUGAGUGAUCACCUUUGGGAGAGACACAUGAAACAGAAAUGGGGUAGAGUUAUUGGUUCUGUUGCUUAUAGGGAAUGGAAAUGGCAUGUUGCUACUAAAAAGAAUAUUGGAAGCCUUAGACAUGGCAAGCCAAGGAGCUUGAUCAAGUUUAUGUCCCUUUAUUGGCCUUUUUCAUGGAUGAGAAUGAAGGUGGAUGCAGCAUAUAGUAAUAGUGCCAAUAAACAGAAUAGUUAUUUGCCUCCUGAUUCAUUCAUGACUUGGUAUCUUGCUCUUGAGACUGGCAAUUUUUCCUUUCCUGCUCAAGUUUAUAACCGUGAGAAUGGCCAUGUUGGAUUUAUGCUAUCAUGCUAUGAUGCUGAGCUUAGCUAUGAUCCACGCACCGACACCUUCCAAGCAAGGUAUCCACCACAUGGAAGAAGGGCUGCUGCAGUAGAGCAUGGCAUCCCAUGGGAAAGGCUAAGAGCACCGCCUGUCGAUACGCCUCCACAUGAUCUUCAUAUCACUGAAUGUCUACAUGAUUUGCAUGCUGGUGAUCACAUAGAGAUUCAGUGGAGGAGAAACAAAGAUUUUCCUUAUGGUUGGUGGUAUGGUAUUGUAGGGCACUUAGAGUCAUGUGAUGGUAAUGAAAAUUACUGCCGUUGUCACAAUAGUGACACCGUGGUGCUAGAGUUCAACCAGUACACUAGUGAUUCGCGCUGGAGGAGGACAACUAUAAAUAGGAAAGAUCACCGAGAGGAGGGAAAUGAAGCGGAUGGAUUUUACGGUGGAGUUAGAAAGAUUAAGAAUGAGAAGGAAAUUAGCAUUUGGAAAGGCCUUUGGCCUUCUGAAGUCUUGGAUUAAUCAGAUCAAAUUUUUCCAUGUAGCAUUAUGGCAUGGCUGGUAUUCUUAUUUAGCAGAUUCUUCUGCAUUUGAGAAAAGGGGGAAUAGGAUUCUCAUUCAGCCAAAGGAACAUUGAGCCUAUCCUAUUUAAUUUCCCCCUUUUCAUUAUCACAAUUUUUUUCAUGGAAAUUUUUAGGCUUGUUUAUCUGAUUUCAAUCAAUGUAAAUUAAUCACUUAUGCACUGAUUGCAUAGAAUAUUCAUUCCACAAUAUAUAGAAUGAUUAGAAUU